UAGCGACCCUGGUCACCCUGUCUUUUUGUGGUUAUGUGGGAUUUUUUCAUUCGGUUUUCUUUGUAGCAAAAUAAAAUUAAGCUCGUCAAAAUCAUUUUCUGAUGGCGUCCAUUGAUCCGAAUUUGGAAAUCACUGAUUCAACGAGUUCACCAAAAUCAACAGCCCCCUGCAGCCGAGAUAUUACCUCGCCGACGAUGACGCCAAAUUUUGGGCGCAAUAGACCGAACAACGCGCAGUCGCAGCCGUUCUACUUGUUCAAGGAGCCACCAACCAAGGCUGAACUUACAGGUGACCAGGACUUGCUGACCAAAUUCGGCCUCGAGCAGGCGCUUUACGAACUCAGGAAAGAGAAUAUUCAGGAAUCGCUAAGCUCUUUUCUGCCUGCCAUUCCUGAAGUACUGGAGCUCAGUACUCAACCGGUGAGGAACAGUACACUGGGAAGCGUGGUGAAGAGUCCGCCAACGCACAAAAAGGGGAUUCGUCCAUUGAAUAAACAGUUGGAUGGCUUUCGACUGCAUCCCGGUAAACUGCCUUCCUUCUGGAAGGAGCAAAGCCUACAUUACACCCAAGGAGGUGGUCCCACUUCAACUACAGUACAGGCAUCAACGCUGUCAAACUCUGCGGUACUGGACACUAAAGAGAAGAGCAAUUAUUCAAAUAAAAAUCAGAAGAUCAUGGAGAAACAGCAUGGAGGCGGUAUAGCAAAGAAACAGGCAGCAGACCUAUGCAAGGAGCCCAUAAAGAGUAUUUCUAUGAAGCGAAAGCAGAAUAAUGCCAACGGUGGCCAAGGGAAAAAAAAAGAGAAGAAAGAAUCCAAGGAAAACAGUGCCAAAACUUCCGAGAAGAACAAGCGCGGAAAUAGUGUGACCCAGCAAUCCAGCCAAGGGGUUUCACCAUCAAAACUGUUGCAAUAUUGCGUGACGGCUCUCGGAAAGAAGCGAAAGAAUUCGAAGAGACAAUGAUGAGACAGCAGCUGAUCGCAAACGAUCAUAGUGGAGUGUGUCGACUGGUGGUCGAAGUAUACCUAUGCUGAGGCUGAGCUGAAGGUGGGGCCGGUAUAUUCUAUGGUCCUUUGAAUUCUCAUCAGAUGAACCGGUAACUAGCAGACAGACUUAUCAGGAGCUGCAAUUUGAAACUAGAAACUAAACUGUUAAUAAUAUGCAAAUGCUUUUCAAAUAUUCAGGCCACCUUUUCUAUAGUUCCUAUAAUAUGUUUAAAAAUAAAAAUAAUAGCUUCGCAUUCAGUCCAGAAAAUG